AUGUCGUCCGGAAUACCCGUCAAGCUCUUGAAUGAGGCACAAGGUCAUGUGGUGACCCUAGAAAUAGCGAAUGGAGACACGUACAGGGGCAAGUUGCUCGACAACGAAGACAACAUGAAUUUAUCACUCUACGAUGUAACGAUAACUGAGGGGAGAACCGGCCACACUUCGGCUAUGAACCAAGUGUUCAUUAGGGGUCUGAUGAUUCGAUUCAUAGUAGUUCCCGAGAUCCUCAAGAACGCCCCCAUGUUUUUCAUGAAACCGGGUGAUAAGCCAAAGCCUCCCGUGAGGGGUCCACCUCCCAAGCGAAUGAAGCAAUGA